GUUUUUAGUGCAUGCGGCUGUGGCUAACGAAGACAGUUUUGCGCAAAUCAUGCCUGUCCCAGUAGAAACUCAUGGCUUUCCCGGUACGGCCUGUCCGUCCUCGGCAUUUCUUGACCCGCCUGCUCCGAUCAACGCUCACCAGCCCGGGGUCAGCGCCUCUCUGCUGUACAGCGGCUCACGGUUUCAGGGUCACCAAAAGAGUAAAGGAAACGCCUAUGACGUGGAGGUUGAUUUGCAGCAUGUGUCCAUGGAGGACUCUUAUGUGUGUGGAUAUCUGAAGAUCAAAGGGCUGACAGAGGAAUAUCCCACUCUCACAACAUUUUUUGCUGGGGAAAUAAUCAGUCCAAAAAAGCCGUUUUUAACAAGAAAGUGGGAUGCGGAUGAAGAUGUUGACAGAAAACACUGGGGCAAGUUUCAGCCUUUUUACAAGUAUGCCAAAACCUUUAAUAGUGAUGGCUUUGACUAUGACGCACUGGAAAAGAGUGAUUAUAUUUUUAUGCGGUGGAAGGAGCAGUUUCUAGUUCCAGACCACACCAUAAAGGACAUCAGUGGUGCAUCUUUUGCAGGUUUCUACUACAUUUGCUUUCAGAAAUCUACAGCCACUAUCGAGGGGUAUUAUUACCAUAGGAGUUCUGAAUGGUACCAGUCUUUAAAUUUAAACAUCAUUCAAGAACAUAGUACACCUAUCUUUGAAUUCCGGUGUGGAAAUGUGACAAAACCAUUUGUGACAGAGACCUACUGCUGUGUGGCUGCAUAUGAGACCAAGGACACCAAAAACAAACCAUUUAAAGUAGCUGCAGAGGAGAAAGUAGAUGUACUGAUUAAAGACAAAGCAGGGUGGUGGCUUGUAGAAAAUGAUGAAAAGCGAAUGGCUUGGUUUCCUGCUCCUUAUCUGGAGAAACUUGAGCAUGAUGGUGAUGAUGAAAUAGAUGGGUCUACAAAACAGGGAAUGCUCUACAUAGCAAUCAAGAGCUAUAAAGCUACCAAAGAUGAUGAGAUUACAGUAAGCAUUAGUGCUGUUGUAGAGGUCUUGAAGAAACCAGAAAACGGAUGGUGGCUUGUAAGGUAUAAAGAGAAGGCAGGAUACAUCCCCUCAAUUUACCUACGGCCCUACUACCCACAUAUUUGUUUGACACCUAGUCUUCCAGAGCAACAAUAUCCACUUAAUCUACUGGAAACACCAUCAUCACGACCAUCUUCCCCAUGCUUACUGCAGCCAGAAAGCAAAAAGAAGUCACGCUCUCUUAACAUCCUACCAGCACUCUUGCCUACCCAACUACCUGUUGUCCCAGCUUCCCAUGUUACAAAUGGCUCUGUGCAUCACCAUCCUCCACCAACAAUUACCAUAGAAAGGGAUGACAAUGAUGAGGGGAGAAGUGUUAACAUUUACAGCCAUGGAAGCUUUGACAGUGAAAGUGAUUUUAGCUUUAGCGAUGACCUUAGUUGCUCGUCUGGAAGCUCUUCUUUAAACUUAAGAUCCACAGAGGAUGGGUCGCGCUUUAGCCACACUCCUCCACCCCCCAGAAGCAAUCACCUGAGUCCAUCCACUGAUGUAAGGAUGCUGCCAAGUGUUUCAGACCCCAACCUCUACAAGGGUCUCAAAUCACCAAAAGUACCACCCAGGCCACAGCCACAGCAGAUUCUGACCCGCUGUACGACCAUCACCAGGAAGAAUGCAGCCAAGGGGCACAACAUAUAA